GCUUGAUGGGUUUUGCGACUGCACUUGAAGAAACUUUAAAAGUUCUUGAAAUGUUCCGUAUUGACUGACCUUAGUAAUUGUGGACUGUUGAUGAACCCUAUCUGGUCUAAAAUGUAAAUUAAAUGUAUGACACAAGAAUAUAUUAUAUAUAACAAACCUACAUCUAUUUGCAACAAUUCAAGUAGUAUCAUACAGGUACAGUAAACGUAUAGGAUAUUUUCCGCUUGUCCUAAAUCAGCUUUUUAGAGCGCACUUUAUUCUGUUGCUGGUUGAACACUCAAGGGCAUCUGACGCUUUUUAGCACGUGACUUAAAAUAAAUAUUGAAAAGAAGCGGCAUGUGCAGUUUGAACAAGUGAAACUGUUUGUCUCGCAUACGCCCGGUCUCACUUGUACAUACCUUGGAUCUUGCUAUCUGAAAUAAAAUUCGAGGAGGACUUGUUUUGACGUUUUGUAUUUUACUAAUCUAUCAAUGCUUUGUUAUCGCAUCUGUGAUGUCUGACAGCGAUAUUUCUGGCAGCUUUCUACACAGCAAGAAUCAAAACAUGUUAUUACUUGAAAUAUGUGAGCUGCAGAGCUCUGGUGAUGAUGGUGAUGAAGACAGGAGGCUAAAAAGAAGGGAAAAGAACAGGGUGGCAGCGAAGAACAGCCGAAAAAAGCAGACACAAAGAGCAGAUGAGCUGCAUGAGGCAUAUGAGUGUCUGGAGCAGAAGAACAGACAGCUGAAGAAGGAUGUGCAGUUUCUGUCUGAGGAGCAGAGGCGUCUAACGGAGGCCCUCAAGGCCCAUGAGCCUCUCUGUCCCAUCAUGCACUGUGUUGCCAACCUGGGGUCAGGGACGUUGGGACCCAGGGAUGUAGGGGUCCCCUCCUAUCUGCCCAGAUAGCCAACAUACCAUGCACGGACCACAGAGACAAACCAACGCGGGAGACUUGUAAACAGAGUUAACAGGUCAGAUUAUAUGUCCUCAUCUGUCCUUUUUAUUCUCGGCGUCAAUUGUUUUUGUACAGUUUGAAUCAAGUUGUAAUUUAAUAAUUAUAGGCUUAGGUAAUGAGCUUUGUUUCAGAUGUUCAAGUUGCUUUUCCUGUUUAAAUGUUUCGUAUAAUACAUUGAACAUAAAUUGCAUAUCCCUUUCCCAAUGAGACCAUUUCCCUUUGCUUCUGAUAAAUGUGGUUACCCCACCUCUUAUCACGUGUGUUUUGGUUAACCAAACUGGUUUACCAGUACCUGGGCUUGACCAUGUGGGAACUUACUUAUACUUUACCAGAAAAAAAGAAACCAUUUAAAGGUUUUUGGUUUCUGGUUUCUUAGUCCCUAAUCUAAAACAUUUAAUACACUGGCUAUUACCAAUGGAUUCAUGCAAUUCAAUGCUUAAUUUAUAAAAUAAAAUAAUCAAAUCACUUAAUCCAACUAUAAUAUGUACAGUUUUAUUAUUAUUGUUUGUUAGCUCAUGUUAUGACAUUGUUAUAGAGUGUACCCUCUCUUCCCUAUAAUGUGGGUAAAUACUCACUAACCUCAUUACGUCUUCGUCUCAUAACUUUAAAAAAUUAAAUAAGUUUGAAGCAAGCCAUUAUCAUUCACUAACUCAAUAAAAGGGGGAACAUUUUGGGAAUUCUUGUCCCCAUCAAUGAUCUACAGCAUCUUGAUGACAUGACUGCAGGCUUCUCUAAAAUGUUAUUAUGAAUGGAUGGAUACAUUCACAGUAGUAAUUGGCAAGGCUUCUACUAAAUGCAGGCUGACCACUGAGAAAUGUGAAAGACUCUUCAGCCACACAGACAGUUCAUUUCAUACCAAAGGAUUUAUAGACUUCUGCAUUCUGCAUUUGAGGGGGAUUGUGGUGAUUAUAAUAAAGCCUUUUGUGUGGAUCGCUUCUUCAUACCGGUAUGCACUUCUUCUUAGUUAUUUUCUCUUCGAACUUUCUCUUCUCACUUUCAAAUGAGCACAGACUGCUUGGACUUCCACCACACAACACAGAUGAUAUUACUUUCAGGCCAGGAGAUUUUAGGGCAUAAUGAGGUAUAUCAUUAGUAUAUUAGUAUACACAUUCAUAUUUGAUUUUUCUUUAAGAAAUAAAGUUUAAUGUUUUCCCCACACCAGAUACAAACAUACACAUACGAACAACAACUUACUGUACAGACGCCCACAAACAAUGACUACAUCUCAUCUGCCCAGACCCGCAUGCUCACACCCCCAUCCCUAGUGCCUGGAUUAUUGCCACGUGGCCUUCAAUUGUACCAAUUCGUUUUUCUUUCCAUGCUAUUUCAGUAUGUCAAUGAUAAAUCAUUAUGUUCGUGAUGGCGGAUUGAUUGAGUUCCACGUUUUUAGUAUACGGUUUUUCAAGAUGAGUGAUGAGAAGAGAAUCGUCCAGCCCAUUGGGUAUCUCACUACACUCCCAUAUGCCAUGUCUUGAAACAUGCAGACAGACAGAUGAAAUGUACGUUUACAGUGUAAUACUUCUUCUGACAGCCAACUUUUUUAGCUCCACUCAUAACUUUGGACUUUAUAGCAUUCCCAAAAAGCAUGGAUUAUUGAGUCAUAGUUCAUUUUACACUCAAGACAUGACUCUGCCGUUGUGCUGUAGAAUCUGUGAUUUUUGUGUCUUUUAUUGUCACGGCAUUCAUCGGAAGAAGUAGAGGAAUCGUCAGACCAAAAUGCAGCGGGGUACGUGUUCAUCUUUAAUAUACUGAACUGAACACUAAAUACAAAAUAGCAAUAGGAAUAACCGAAAACUGUCCUGCAAGGUGAAAACACUAAACAGAAAAUAACCACCCACAACUAACAGUGGGGAAA